GGACUCCUCUGUCACACCCCCUUCCUCCCCGUAAAGUUGGUGCCUUUGUUUCAGGAAACAAGCUAAAGUGGACUCUGCUUUGCAGGGUCUUUUCGCUAUUUAAAUGGAAAUGGUGCAGACAAAGCGUACAUUUAUUUGCUUUUGUGUUCCUUAUCCCUGGGUUCUGGAGGGUCAUUGGUUCUCAUCGCACAGCCUUUAAGGUUCAGGGCGGUGGGACAGGACUGUCUGAUCAUAUUCUUUGGGGGCAAGAUUUCAAUUGUAUUUCCUCUCCCUAUGAAGCUGGCAGAACGAAAUAAAAGAAUUGUUAACUCUCCAACGUUGUUCUCCUCCCCAUAUGGCAGGCUUUGAAUAUGAAAACAAAUGGAGACGCUCGCUAGUUAAUUUGUCAUGAAAAAAACUAGUAGCCACCAUGUGAACCAACACAACCUUAUUUAGGAGGGUAAAUGGAAAACAACAGCAAAAAGCAGUAAUGAAUCACAGCUAAGUGAAAGAGGAAGACGCUGGCUUACUUGCUGAUGUUACCUAUAAUACAACAUUCUUCGAUAAAGAAAAUUUAUGUGGGGUUAAUUUGAUUUCCGUUUUGUGAUGAUUUUUUGUGUUUUAGAAGUAUACCAAGAUAACAUUUUCAAGAUGGAAAGUCCCUCGGACUCAGCUGUGAUUUUACCUAGCACUCCACAGGGCUGUGUCAAUCUACCAUCUCCCCAAACAAGUAGUUCAAGAAAGCAACCUAUGAGUGCAACACUUAGAGAACGACUGAGGAAAACUAGAUUUUCAUUUAAUUCCUGUUACAGUGUGGUAAAACGCCUUAAAAUAGAGAAUGAUGAAAAUGAUCAGACCUUUCCAGAGAAACCAUCAUGUUCAACAGAAGAAAACCGUUUGGAAUUGCAAGAUAAUUUUAAGCACAUAGACAGUGAAUUUGAAGAAAGUUCAUAUUUGAAAAAUACCAUCAAGAAUAUCAAUGCAUGUGAAUCUAAACCACUUGAUACUGGCUCUUGCAGUGAUCUCCAAAAUGACUUAGAUGAGAAUCUUCCCCAAAAAGGAUUAGAUGAAGAAAAGGCAAAAUUGGUGAAACAGAUUCAGGAGAAAGAAGACCUUCUUAGGAGGCUAAAACUAGUCAAAAUGUAUAGAUCAAAGAAUGACCUGACUCAGUUACAGUUGUUAAUAAAGAAGUGGAGAAGCUGUAGCCAACUGUUGCUUCACGAGUUGCAGUCAGCUAUGUCUGAAGAGAACAAGAAACUCAGCCUUACUCAGUUGAUAGACUUCUAUGGGUUAGAUGAUAAAUUAUUACACUACAACAGAAAUGAAGAAGAAUUUAUUGGUGUUUAAUUUCUAAUUUUUCCUCCAGAAUAUCUUUGAGGAUGACAACUUAAAAAAUACUUACACAUUUUAAAGGGAAGAUAUAUACCAUUAGGGCUUAAAAGGAGGUAUCUUGAUGAACAUCAAUUUAGGGUACUCUGUUAGAUAAAUAUGUAAAUUCUAAAAUUAAAGUUUAGUAUUUUGGAUAAUCUGAAAAAAAUUGACAAAGAUAAGUGAAAAAAAAUUUAAAUCAUGUUUUAAAACAUAAUUUGGACAGUUUUGGAAGUCAGUUAUAAUACUUUUUUGUUUAUUAUAAAAAGAUGUUUUAUUUUAAAUAUUAAAAAAUAGUUCAAUCUGGUGAAUGAUUAAACUUAAACUGGUCUAAAAUGCCUGCCUGUCUCCUAAGUUUGUGAACCUUGUUUUCAUCAAUUUACCACAUAUUCCCAUCAAUAUGCUCUAUUAGGUAAUUAAACUCAUAUGUCCAAAAUUA